CAGAUGAUAUUAUAGAAAGCAAAAGCUUAGUAUAAACAUGGUAUUUCCGCAUAAGUACGUGAAACUACAAUACAAUCGUAUAACAAAGCCGGAAAAUGACGAAAAAUUAUAUAAAGGUUUAACACUCACUAAUGAUAUGCAAGUGCUUCUUAUAAGCGAUCCAUUGGCCAAAAAAAGUUCUGCUGCGCUCGUCGUCGAUGUUGGAUACAUUUCCGAUCCGGACGAUUUGCCAGGAUUAGCGCAUUUGUGUCAACACAUGUUACUUCUGGGAUCGAAGAAAUAUCCUGAGGAGUUCGAGGAAUAUAUAUCGCAGUACGGCGGUAUGAUCUGCGCAGAGGCGAGAAUAGAUCAUACCUACUAUUAUUUUGAAAUAAAUUUGGGAAAGUUAGAAUAUGCUUUAGACCGUUUCGCUCAGGCCUUCAUAGCACCUUUGUUUUCACGAGUUAUGAUUGAGCGAGAGGUGGACAUUAUAGAUUCGAAGUGCUAUAAGAGAUAUUCAGUAUACGAUGCAAAUCGUUUCUGUCAGUUGAGAAAACAAAUUGAAGUUCAGAAUCCAGUUGUUUCUAAAUUCGAAAUAGGCAAUAAACAAACAUUGGACAUAAAUCCGAAAAAAUACGGUAUCGAUGUCAAGGAAAAACUGGCAUCGUUUUUCCAGGGACGUUAUUCAGCUAACAUUAUGUCAUUGUGUGUUUUUAGUAAUGAGAAUGUGAAUAAUCUUGAAAAAACAGUAGUAAAGCUGUUUCAUAAAAUACCGAACAAGAAAAUUCAGAUAAUACCGCCAAAUAUACUACCUUAUAAAUUUCAAGACGUCCAGAAACCGCAUCCUGGUUUAAUAUACAUAACUUCAAAGGAGAACACUAAUAUUUUAGUGCUGUCAUUUAGUCUACCUGACUUGCGAGAAAAAUAUAUGUCCAAGCCUAUGUCUUAUAUUUCCUACAUUCUUGCGUACGAAGGGGAAGGAUCGUUAUAUUCAAUUUUAAAAGCUAAGGGUUGGUGUGAUUCCCUUACGAGCAAACUUGAUAUUAUUUGCAAAGGAUACAAUUUUUUCAGUAUUCAUUUGAACUUAACCAAAGACAAGUUCAAAUAUCUCGAUGAUAUCGCCGAAUUAGUGUUCCAGUACUUUAAUUGGUUGGAAGAAGAACUUAGUAAAUCUCAAGAAAUCGAUGAAAUGUGUAGGAAUUACAAGAUUAUUAUUAACGCAAAUUUUCAUUACAACAAAAUCUCCGCAUCCUUCUCAAACAUAGUCUCAAAUGCCAAAGCGCUGCUUCAAUAUCCGAUGAGUGAUGUUUUGACCGCGGAACGUAUUAUCUCAAAAUGGGACAAAGAAGAAGUAGCACUAAUGAUGAGCUAUUUACAGCCGACAAACAUGACAAUUUACAUGAUAACAAAACAUUUUGAGUCUGUACCGAUGAAGAGAGAACCAUGGUACGGUAUUAUGUAUAUGAAACAGCCAAUAAAGAAAAUAUUAAUUAAGAAAUGGCACGAAACUCGAAAUAAAAUUUUUAGUCUCACUUCUAAGAAUAAAUAUGAGGCUCCUCGUUUUGCUUUUGAAAAGGUAGAACCAUCAAUUCCCUCUAUUAUAAAAUGCACUCCAUUUGUAAGACUUUGGUAUGCAAGAGAUAAUACGUACGCAACACCAAGAAAUAAAAUAUUUUUUGAUUUCGUUAGCCCACUCGUCUCUGUCGAUCCGUUUAAUUGCAGUUUAAACAGAAUAUUUCUCUACAUGCUACGUGAGUAUCUCAACCAGCAAAAAAUCGCUGCGAAGUCAGCUGAUUUCCAAAUGAGAUUUAGAGAAAGCGAUAGUCAAUCUGGAAUAGCAAUCAUUAUAAGCGAUUAUGAUCAUAAGCAAGACAUUCUAUUAAAAGGAACUCUGAAUUACAUGGUAAACUUUGAUGUCAAACAUACAAUAUUUGAUAUAGCUAAAGAACAUUAUAUCGAGGAUUUAAAUGAUUUUAAGAAAUAUUCCCUGAAUAUUCAAGCAUUUUAUUACUUAUCUUUUGCUUUAGGACAAAAAAUUUGGUUAUUUCAUGAAUCAUUAAAUGAAGUUAAAAAUAUUACUAUUCAGGAACUCAAACAAUUCGUACAGCAAUUUUCCAAAAAAAUACAUUUAGAAGGUUUAAUAUACGGUAAUGUCACCGAAUUGGAAGCUUUGAACAUAGUUCAAUUAAUCCUGGAUGCAUUCAAGAAGUUUCCUUGUACGGCAUCACUACCGCCAAGGCAUCUGACGCUGCCUCGUGAAAUUUGUAUAGAAAACGGUCGCCAGUUUGUACUUCCAAUAGAAAAUUCACAUUAUAAAGAUUCGUGUACUUUGGUUUACUAUCAAGCUGGUAUGCAAACAACACAGUCGAAUGUACUCUUAAAACUUGUGGUACAAAUAAUUUCCAAAUUUUGCAUCAAUAUCUUAAAAACCAAAGAACAAUUGGGCUAUCAAGUGCUUACUGUAAGGCAUGCCUCAGAGAUAACGCAUGGCUUAGCAAUUUUAGUCGUAAGUGACAAAAAAGAAACGCAAUAUGUCGACAAAAAGAUUGAUUUAUGCGUAAACUCUAUGUUGGAUUACAUAUCCGCCAUUUCUGACGAAGAAUUUGAGAAACAAAAGAAGAUAUUGUAUAUACAAAACGUACUACCGCAUGAUUUCGAUGAUAUAAGCACUUUCUUCUGGAGUGAAAUUUUGAAUCAAAAAUAUCAAUACUAUCAGUAUGAAAAUGAAAACGACAUGCUAGUGGAUAAAAACAAUUCUAUAACGAAAAAAUUAUUACUUACAUUUUAUAGUGAAUUAAUAGAUAAGAAGACACGACGUAAAUUAUCAGUGCAUAUAAAACCUGCUCAAAACAUAUCUGAUGAAUCAUCAGAUGAAGAUUCACCUGAAAUAAAUGAAGCACAGGAUGAAGAAUUUCUUUCAAAUAUUGCACUGCUCAAUGAUACAUCAGCUGAACUAAGUUAUAAAUAUAUAAACAUCACAAAUGAAGGAUUUGUUCCAAAUAUGUUAUUAGAUGACAAUACAACUAAAAAAGUACAAAUAGAUAUCCAACACAAAGAACCUGAUCCAAGCACAAAAUUGGAUGAUGAACCAACCAAACAAAGUAAAACAUACGUAAUUGAAGAAGAUACGAAAUUGUCUCAAACUACUAAGCAAUUGGGUUUCGAAUCAGCUAAAAAAUAUUACUCAGGUAUAUGUGGAAAGUAUAAGAAAUUUAUUGAAGCAUCCGAUCACUCAUAUGAAGAUGUUGAGAUAAUUAAGGAUAUUGUUUCAUUUAGAAACAGCCAGGGUUUGUUCCCUCUUAUACCUCGAAAUCAUUAUUAACAAAAUUGAUUAUAUAUAUGCGAUACAUUUAUCUACUAUUAUUAAUUCCAAGAAUUUUUUCUC